UGUUCAACUAUCCAGUAAAUGCUUCAAACAACUGGUCUCGUCGUCCCUCCUUUUCUCCUUCCUACGCUAAGAUCCCCCGACUCCAUAUUGCAUCCUCCCGCCUUCCAUCGCCGGGUCUCUAAUAAGGUAUUCACCUUCCUACUGUUCGAUUGUGUUCAAAGUUGUGGGCUUCUUUCCAUACCGAUGAGUAGAAAGAGGAUAGCUGAUGAAGAUUCAAGCUUUUGAUUCAAUUUUGUGUUUACGAGAGGAUUUCGGGAAAUUGGGGAGUUUUCUGGUUCUAGCUGGUACCGUCUGCUUUCGCUUGGGGUGGAGAUCAUGAGCCACGAAGGUGGGUAUGCUGUUGAAGUAACGGGGCUUUCUCCCAAAGCCACCGAGAAGGAUGUCCAUGAUUUCUUCGCCUUCUCCGGCGCUAUUCAGCAUAUUGAAAUCGUCAGGUCUGGUGAUUCCGCCUGUACUGCGUAUGUGACAUUCAAAGAUGCAUAUGCCCAGGAGACUGCUGUCCUACUCAGUGGUGCUACCAUCUUGGAAGAACGAGUGUGCAUAACACGCUGGGGACACUACGAAGACAAAUUCGAUUUUUGGAACAGGCCUUCAACAACAACGGAUUAUGAAAGUGAACCGACUCAACACCAGCAAACAGGCCAAUUCGUCGGCGAUGCAGGACAAGCAGUGACAAAGGCUCAGGAAGUGGUGAAAGAAAUGCUAGCCAUGGGGUAUGUCCUGGGGAAAGAUGCACUAGGCAAGGCGAAAGAAUUCGACGAGUCCCAUCAAGUCUCAGCAACCGCAACAGCAAAGGUGGCCGAGUUCACCGAGAGAAUCGGCCUUUCUGACAAGCUCUUUGCCGGGAUGGAAGCAGUUAAAGCCGUGGAUGAUAAGUACCACGUCUCCGAGACGACCAAAUCAGCAGUCUCCGCGACAGCGAGAACAGCAGCAUCAGCAGCAAACACCGUUAUCAACAGUAGCUACUUCUCUAAGGGCGCUCUUUGGGUGUCUGGUGCUCUGAAUCGGGCUUCUAAUUACGCUUCUGAUUUGGGUAGCCGGGCUGCCCAGCAGCAUUGAGCCUAUUCUGGUCCGGUUUGUCAAAAUCCAGAACUCCCAGCUUAUUUUGGUGGCUGAAACGAAAACUCUUUGUAUAGAACUCCUUCCGCUCGACUGUUGGGAAGCGAAAGGGUUGAAACAUUUGUUGAUAAGGGAUGAGUGAUGACUGAUGAGUAUGACAGAAUUGACUAUCAAGCUGUUAAUAUAAAAAAAAAAAAAAUUCGGAAGAGCAAAAUUCAGAUUGAUCAACA